AUGAACUUCUAUUUCAAUAGUAUUACGCUACUCUUUUGUGCUACUUCAAUUGUUGAUGUACGAAGCGAUGACGAAAAGUAUCUUAUCGACUUCAUUUACAGAUUUGUCUUCGCUAACGAGGCAUUAUGUGGUGAUCCAUUUGCUGAGCCUCAAUGGCUACCAGCUGCGAGUAAAUGCUUUGUGAACUGCGAUCCCACCUCUUAUUUGUGUAUAGCUCAUACGGAGUCGAAUAUCCAGAGAUGUAAAUCAUACCCGAAAGCAUGUCAGGCGGCGAUUCGAAAACAUCUUGGAUGGACGACAACGGUCAUCAGUGUGUUUCGACCUCCGAUCACCACCACAUCUAUUCCCCAUAUGGAUGUUCAAACCCAGAAUCUCAGCAGGGUUUUUCGAGAUGAGGAAAUGGUUUCGCAUGCGGACUCUAUGAACGUUGAUCGGUCGGCCGUUGAAGCGGCUGAAAAUAUCGAAAGAGAUCUUAUGGGCUUCGACGCUACCACAUCACCAUCACCACCAUCAAACGACCUCAGACCGAAUGAAGCCUCGAUGGUCGUUGAGGUGAUCACUUCACCUCCGAGUGGCGAGUACAGUUGGUUAGAAGCACCACGAGUGGAGGGGAAUGGCUACUCGUUUGAGGGCACUCCAGGUUUCAAUACCGAUCCAUUGCGUGAACAAUCAAGAGAUUCAACUGACUUGGCUCCCGAAUACGAAAGAUUGGAAGAAAACCCUGUGGGGAGAACACUGAGCAACUCCAUGAUUCCGCAAUAUGGGCGCAGUCAAAUGAAACAGUACGAGUAUGCUCUUCCACAGCCACCAGCUCCAGAACCAUCACCACCGGCAUUUUUCCCAUUUCAUCUCCCAGCAUCCUCUAUGAAGCCUGACAUUGCUCUUCCACAACCAGAAAAAGAACUGGUGCCGAAGUACAUUAAUUUCCUGGAAGCUCCUGAAGAUCUAACCAAUGACGUUGAUUUGGAGCCACGUAGGCCUAGAGAACCGCAGCCACCCAGUUCCCAGCCGCUUCUGAAUAACGACUAUUCUUCGGAAGUAGACAAUGCUGCGUUGCAGAAGACAGAACGAUUGAUUUACGAUCCUCUCGUGCAAACAACUACACCAUCGUGGUAUAUUCCACCUCAACGACCCUAUCAGAAUAUGCUAAUAGUCCCUUCUGACACAGAAGUAUCACUGCCAGAAGGGUCAGCUAUAAGAGGAGCAGUACACGAUAUGAGGUUCCAGGCUGGAGCAGCUCGAUUUGAGGUUAUCCCACCUCCCGCACCACUGGCUUCCGCGUUUUCUGUGGGAAUGGCCAAAGGGGAUUCAAAUAUGGAUCCCCAACGUUACAAUCAUCAUUAUCCCAAUCGUAUUUCCAGAAGUAAAGUGUUCGCUGAAAUGCCACCAGACAAAGCCCGUGAUCUUAGUCAACGAUGUUGUGAAUGGUCCUUAAGUGGCUUUUGUGAUCGCAAUUGGCGGCGAGUACGAAAGUUAUGUCCAAAAAGUUGUGGCUCAUUGGUGUGCGAUGAAAUUGAUGGAAUUAAAUCUUGUACGCGAAUUGUAGACGUAGAUAUCGAAGAAUGCUUUCAGUCGUCUCGUAUAAGCAGGUAUUUUGGUUUGAGAAAUGCUGAGACUGAAGAAGAAAAACGAAGUAUCAUUGACAGCAUCGUGAUGCACAAGCUCAAACGUAAGGGUCAUCAACGACGUGUCAUAUUCAAGCAGCGCCGCUGA